GACCUGCUGCACUUGUUGCUCCGCUGUCGUUCACUAACUUUGCUUCCAGAUCUUUCACUAAUUUUUCCAUUUUCUUCAUCGUCUCACAUUUUUAUUGUCUUUGCACAUCUUUUCCUCAUCUCUUCCUCUUUCCCCCCACUACGCUCCUGUCUCCUGCUGCACCAUGAGUCUGAGUCGAACCAAGAGGAUCAGCUCCAGUAACUCGGUCCGGAGCAGCAGCGGCUCCAGGAGGGUCAGCAGCUUUAGUCCAGGCCAGGGGGGCUUCAGCGGCAUCUCUCUGAGCAGUGGCUCUCUGUACGCCGGCACCAACGGGUACCACCAGGGUCUGGGGGCCUCGCUCACGUCCCUGUCGGUCAACAAGAGCCUGCUGGCCCCCCUGAACCUGGAGAUCGACCCCAACCUGUCCAUGAGCCGAGCCCACGAGAAGGAGCAGAUCAAGAGCCUCAACAACCGCUUCGCAACCUUCAUUGAUAAGGUGCGCUACCUGGAGCAGCAGAACAAAAUGCUCGAGACCAAGUUGGACCUGCUGCAGGGUCAGGGGGUCACCCGGUCCAACGUGGAGCCCCUGUUCGAGGCCUACAUGGCGGGUCUGAGGCGUCAGAUGGACCUGGUCAACAACGACAAGACCAAGCUGGACGGGGAGCUGAGGAACAUGCAGGGCUUGGUGGAGGACUACAAACACAAAUACGAGGACGAGAUAAACAAGAGAAACAACUUGGAGAACGACUUUGUUAUCCUGAAGAAGGACGUUGACUCGGCGUACCUGGUCAAGGCAGAUCUCGAGGACAAGGUCGGAGCCCUGACUGAUGAAAUCAACUUCCUGCGCAGCGCCUACGAGGAGGAGCUGCGUGAGCUGCAGGCCAGCAUCAAAGACACCUCAGUGGUGGUCCAGAUGGACAACAGCCGAAGCCUCAACAUGGAGCAGAUUGUAGCUGAAGUCAAGGCUCAGUACGAGGACAUUGCAGCUCGCAGCCGAGAGGAGGCAGAGGCCUGGUACAAGAACAAGUUUGACCAAAUGUCCGUGCAAGCCAGCCAGUUCGGAGAUGAGCUCCGCAUCGUGAAGGGCGAGGUGGCCGAGGUCAACCGGCUGAUCAGCCGCCUGCAGAGCGAGAUCGAGGCCGUGAAAGCACAGCGCGCCAGUCUGGAGAACCAGCUGGCUGAAGCUGAGGAGCGUGGAGAGAUGGCCGUGAAAGAAGCCAAAGCCCGAACCAGAGACUUGGAGGACGCUCUGCAGAGAGCCAAACAGGACAUGGCCAGACAGCUGAGAGAAUACCAGGACCUGAUGAACCUGAAACUGGCUCUGGACAUUGAGAUUGCCACCUACAGAAAACUGCUGGAAGGAGAGGAGGACAGGCUUGGCCAGCAGUCCGUCCUCCACAUUCAGGCCAUCUCUAACUACAGUGCUAAAAGUACUAACGGCCACCACCACAGCAGCAGCAGCAGCAGCUCUCUUGCUCCGAAACUGCUGAUAAAAACCAUCGAGACCAGAGAUAACUCCAGAUACAGCACCCACUAAGAGUGAACGCGCUCAUUGUUUCUCUUUGUUUUGUUUUUACCAUUUAUCUCUAAAUGUUUCAGACUGCAUGAAGGGCUUUGAAUCACUUCUCCAUAGAAUAUUUGAGAUUUUCAGUCAAAU